AUGAUGCAACGUCGAUUAUUCACCUCUAGCGCAAAGACAGCAGCAGACUACUACAAGAUUACAUUAAAGAGAUCAGCUAUCGGUCUUCCUCAAGAUGUUCGUGCAGCCUCAAAAACAUUAGGUCUUGUCCGUCUUCACCAAACUUCAUACAAGCCUGUCAAUGCUAGUAAUGCAGGUCUUAUUCUCAAGCUCAAGGAGCUUGUCCAAGUUCAAGUGGUUGACCAUAUCCCUACUACUGAAGAGUUGAAGGCAGCAAAACCUCCCAGAGGUUAUACCGUUGUGGGUCGUAAACUUUAA